AUGUCAAUAAAGAUUUUUAUUUUUUAUUUUAUUAUUAUUGGUGGUACGAAAAUCUUCUGUGACAUAUCUGGGCCCAGACAUAGACCAUUCAUAACACCUGCAUCCCGUAAAAUGGUUUUUGAUAAUAUUCAUGGACUUAGUCAUCCAAGUGCUAGGGCCACUAUCAAAUUGGUGACUGAGAGGUAUGUAUGGCCGGGCAUUAGGAAGGAUUGCCGGAAUUGGGCGCGCUCGUGUAUCUCAUGCCAGAGAUCGAAAGUAUCGAGACACGUACACGCCCCUAUCCAGGAUUUUAAGCUUCCUACGGCCCGUUUCUCUCACGUUCACGUAGACUUGAUAGGUCCACUUCCCGUCUCUGAUGAUUACCGAUACUGCUUCACAGCUAUAGAUAGGUUUACCAGGUGGCCGGAGGCAGUGCCGUUAAAGGAUAUCAGAGCGGAGAGUGUAGCAAAAGCUUUUAUAUCAUCGUGGAUAUCACGUUUUGGUUGCCCAGAAAAGGUAACCACAGAUAGGGGGAAACAGUUUGAAUCUCAUCUUUUCAGGCAGAUAUCAGCGCUUAUAGGUUCACGACAUAUACAAACUACUGCGUAUCACCCGGCUGCCAAUGGUCUAGUGGAACGCUUCCAUCGACAACUUAAGGCAGCUAUUAUGUGUCACGCAGACGAGAACUGGACUGAGAAACUUCCACUUGUACUUCUGGGUAUUCGUAGUGCAUGGAAGGAUGAUUUGUCUGCUUCUACUGCUGAACUAGUUUACGGAGAACCGCUUAAGUUACCCGGCGACUUGUUUGAACCGACGGCUGAUAGACUGACUGACUACACCGACUUUCUGGACAGGUUGCGUUUACAUAUGAAAAGGUUACAACCUACACCAGUUACUGGACAUGGUACACGUAAAAUCUUCGUUUUUAAAGAUUUAGCGACUGUUUCACAUGUAUUUUUACGACAGGACUUUGUACGGAGAUCGUUACAACCACCUUAUGCCGGUCCGUAUAAGGUAAUAGAGCGCGGUAAAAAAAAUUUCAAAAUUGACGUUGCUGGUAGAAUAGUCAACGUUUCUAUCGACAGGUUGAAACCGGCCUAUAUCCUGACGGAUGAACCAGGUAGUUCUGGUGCGACGUCGACUAUACCAAGGACGCAGGGGACUAACGCUGCGAGUGAUGGUACAAGAACACUUUCAACUCCUCCGCAAUUCAGGACGUCUCGCUACGGUCGCCGAGUACGAUUCCCUGAUUUCUAUCGACCUUAA